AUGCGCUCAAGACAGGUCAUUCAGUCGACGACGGUUCUGCUCGGCGUCGUCACCUUGACAUGGCUGCUCUUCCGCGACGACGCCUUGCGCGGAUCCUUCCACACCACGAAAGUCACCCUGACUGAAAAGCUGAAGUCCGAGAAACCUCCUCCGCAACCCAAAUACAAGCCCACGCCAACAUUCACACCGCCACCGAUACAAGAUCCUUUUCCAUCCUUGGCAACCGCAACUCCGCCUCCGAUACCAAAAUACAAUGUCCCGAAGAAGGGUAUAUGGAAGGAGUACGGGCUUGAGAUUGCGCCGCCUCUGGUCAUUGGCUUCACGCGGUCGUAUCCCAUGCUCCUUCAAGCGGUCGUGUCGUAUAUCACUGCGGGCUGGCCGCCAGAGCAGAUUUAUGUCAUAGAGAACACCGGCAUGCAGCAGGCCAACGCGCGUGGCCAGCUGAGCCUCCAACACCCAUUCCAUCUGAACCACACGAGUCUCAAGACUCUAGGCGUGAACGUCGUCCAGACGCCCGUUCUGCUGAGCUUUGCGCAGCUUCAGAACUUCUACCUCUCGCUCUCGUACGCCCACGAGUGGCCCUACUACUUCUGGAGUCACAUGGAUGUCCUUGCGCUGGGGCACGAGAACGGCUUCGAGAACCUGACGCCGCGUGGAGGGGAUCCGGGUUACAAGAGUCUCUACACCUUGUGCCUUGAGGAGCUGAAGCGCACGCUUGAUACGGACGACAGAUGGGCCACGCGCUUCUUCGCGUAUGAUCACCUGACGCUGCAGAACCCCAAGGCGCUGGAGGAUAUCGGAGGUUGGGAUACGUUGAUCCCGUACUACAUGACUGAUUGCGAUACCUAUACUCGCUUUAUCAUGAAGAAAUGGUCGCAAUUAGAUUCGAAUUGUGGUGUGAUCACGGAUACUUCUGUCGCGCUCGAUGACCUGCUGGCGCUUUACCGCGAUGUCAACGUGACACCCAAAUUUACCGACCCAAACCCACCUCCGCCUCCGCCACCGCCGGCGGAAGACGAGCCGACGAAGGGAGAGAUCGUCGCGAGGGACGGGCCUGGCCCCGGCCUGACCGAUCCCAUCGAGUACUGGAAGUCCCUGCUCGGCACCGCCGACCAGAUGUUCCACUACAAGCAUGCGGAUCGAGGUCGAAACACCUGGCAAUCCGGCCAGCACGGAGGACAGGGGGAGCCGUUUUAUUACGACAAUGCCGGCUUCACAGAAGCUCUGGACGUGCUGACCGAGGCGGGCAAGGAGGUCUUCCGCCGCAAGUGGGGGCACGGGAACUGCGACUUAAUUGGUGGUGGUGGACUGAAGUUUGAGGACCAGUGGCGAGUGCUGAAGGACUUUGAAUGA